AUGUCAAAUCGAUCCUCAAACGUUGCAAUUCAAGCGACCGAUGACUCGCAAAUCACGCCAAGCACAGCCGGCCAGGCGAUAAUCAGUUCAUCUAUGCAAUGGAUAUCAGCCUCAUUCGGUGAGAUACCUUACGGGAAACAUCCAGUACAUGGGGGGCAUGAGAACACUUCACCUCAUCUCUACCAUGCGAUAGCACGCAUAGGAAACACGUUUAUCCCCGGAAAAACGAGUCCUGAUUUAGGCGGGGCACUAGUGACAUACGGAGGAGAGGAGUACUUCUUUGAUUCGGAUUAUUACGUCUUCACGUGUUGCUGUCAACGAGAGUUUGGGGCUGCACGCGACCUGGGCAGAUUCCAUAAUCAAGCCACGAAGUCCGAAAUUGUAUCCGGCUCGUCAUCAACGACGGCUUUGCACACCCUCAAGACCCCUCCGACAGACAACAAAAUGGCCGACACAAAGACCGCCCCCCAGAACCCCAUGAAGGAGUUGAGGAUUGACAAACUCGUCAUCAACAUCUCCGUUGGCGAGUCUGGUGAUCGUUUGACCCGUGCCUCCAAGGUGCUCGAACAGCUCACCGGUCAAACACCCGUAACAUCCAAGGCACGCUACACUGUUCGUACGUUCGGUAUCCGCCGUAACGAAAAGAUCGCCGUGCACGUCACGAUCCGUGGCCCCAAAGCCGAGGAAAUCCUCGAGCGUGGGCUCAAGGUCAAGGAGUACGAACUCCGCCGCCGCAACUUCUCCGAGACUGGCAACUUUGGGUUCGGUAUCCAGGAACACAUCGAUCUUGGUGCUCGCUACGACCCCGCAAUCGGUAUUUUCGGAAUGGACUUUUACGUCGUUAUGGGUCGUCCCGGUGCCCGUGUGGCGAGGAGGAAGCAAAAGACGGGUACUAUUGGGUUCACUCACCGUGUCAAGAAGGAGGACACAAUGUCGUGGUUCAAGCAACGCUUCGACGGCAUCAUCUUGAAAUAA